AUGUGGUUACUACUGCAUCUUCUUGCCGUGAUCCGUAUCUGUGCCAUUACUGAGGCGUCCAAUUAUUCUCAUACAUUUCCAUCCGGACAUGCUCUCUUGUAUUCAAAUUCCAGCGCCAUCGUCCAAUUCGUUGAUGGAACAAACCCUCAACGAGAAUUUCUUCUAAAUGAAACAACAGCAGCAUUCCACACGCGUAGUCAUGCAUGGGGAGCAGGAACCAUUAGCACUGAUUCUGGAGAGGGGUCCUGGAACCUGGAUCAUAUUCCCUACAACAACUUCACUGGACCUUACAGCAUCCCCCUUGGUGAUGGCCUACGACUAAGAAUCACACGGUUCCCUGGGCGGGUCCUCACGGAAACGUACAUGUUCGAAAAUACCUCGCCUGAGAGGAUCACCGUAACAGGGUUACACAUACAGACUCCCUUUAACGACCUUUAUGAUACGGCCCUCUGGUCUUUGACAUCUGCCGUAAAUGCCCAUAUUUUCACUGGCGGUGCAUGGGCAUGGGCGUUAGCUGAACCUAUGUCAGGCGAGGGUCGCUCGUUAGGCCUCAUUGUUCGAAAGGGCCAUUUAUGGAGCUACUCUCUUGAGUCAUCCACCAGCUCUGAUGUCCGAGGGCACAUAGUUCUUCAAGUCACGGACGCCAAGAGGGACCCCAAUGGUUUCGGUGGUCAACCAGUGGUCUAUAUUGACCCGGGAGACUCAUACGUUCUGGAGUGGGAAAUUGGGUUCUAUAAUAACACCAGCGACUUCAUUGAAGCUACGAAACCUCCAGCAACCUUCUCGGCGUACUCGGCCCCUUUAGACCAAGAAAUCACCGUCGAUUCAGAGAUCAAACCGACUUCGUCAACUUCGAAUUUGAAGAUCAGGCGGAGAGGAACUAGCUACACACUCAGUGCGAGUUCACCAGGAACCUAUAACGUUGAUAUUGGCGAUUCCCGGACUGAAAUCUCAUUCCACCUGCCGCUCGAAACUGUUGUGCGAGAGAGGGCCCACUACAUCCUAGAACACCAGCGGCCGGUGCAGCGUCCAGCCCCUCUCAAUGCUGCUUUUGUUGCCAUUGACACUGAAAACCUUACUACGAUUGUGUCAAGCACAUGGGACGACUGGGGGGAUGGUUCGGAGCGGAUUGCCAUGCCUACGCUUCUUCAGUUAGCAGCUAUGCAGGGCUAUAUAUCGUCCGAAUUAGUGGAUAUCCCUUUGAGAAAUUGGGUCGAGUUUGCUAGUACCUCUCUAUUUGACUCUGAAGGGAAUACGCGCCGUUGCACUGGAUGCUCUCAAACUCAGAGGCCAUACGACGCCAUAUGGCUUGUGAUGUUUUUCAACGACCGGUACAAAUGGCUCGGCAAUAGCACAAAUAUCGACACGGCAGUGACACUACUUAACAGAGCAUUCGAAGUCGGACAGGUGCAGGAAGCACCGAUCAUCUUCUUUCCCCAAGCCAUCCUAGAACUCUGCGACAGCCUCGACAAACUUGGACGAUACAACGAAAGCGCCACGUACAAAAGAGCACUUGUCGAUACAACUAUGAGCUUCGUGAACGAUGGACGCGACCUCCCGGCAUCCGAAGUAAGCUAUGAGCAGUCUAUCGUCGAACCUCUAGUCGAGAUGGUCGCAGACACAUAUAAUUUAACGAGAAACGCCACGCUGCUGAGCGAGACACAGGAGCGUCUCAACUGGCUCAUGGCCUUCUCCGGGUCACAGCCACAUGCUCGGCUCUACCAAAUUGCCAACCGUCACUGGGAUGAUUAUUGGUUUGGCCUUCGUCGUCAAUGGGGUGACGUGUUUCCUCAUUACUGGAGUGCGUUGACUAGUCAAGCACUCAUCCGCCUUCCUCGAGAGCUGAGAACCAAGCAAACAGAUGAUAUUGCUCUGAAGAUCCUACGAUCUAAUAUGGUUAAUUUUUUUCCGGGAGGGUCGGCAACUUGUGCAUUUGUCUAUCCUUCGGCAGUUAACGGUAAGUCGGCUAAUGUAGCUGACCCUAUGGCUAACGAUCAGGACUGGCAUCUUGUUAUUUGGUUGAGGCUGCUUGAAUAUGGGGUACCAAGCGCUUGA